CAGAUGUACGACAACGAGACACAAGACGCGCGACCCACCAGUUUCUUUCUUUUCUUCCUUUCUCUUCCUUUUCUCACUGCUGGCAGGUUUUGUUUCACGAACGGAAGCACGGCAAGUAGUACAAGUUGUACAUCGAAUACCGAAGUGGAUCACAAGUUUUCUUAGACUCCACUCUCAUUCCAUUCGAUUCCAAUCCAGUCCAUUAUGAUUGUCUCGAGAAAAGCCACUGCUUCCUCAUCGGUGCGAGGAAUCGCGGCCACCGUCCGGAGGCGCGCCAACGGCAGCGGAGGACACCAACACCAUCGGCAGCAGCAGCAGCAGCUACGGAGCACCCUGGCGGGAACCAACCUCCCGGUAGGGUUCCGCCGCGACGGCGACGAGCGCAGCGAGGUCGCACCGGCCCGGUUCCACAGGCCCCUGGCCACCACGGAGUGUGCCCGUGGCUUUCACACCACCGCUCCCUCGGAGCGCGGCCCGGCCCUGGUUCUGGGCCUCGCCACCGUAUCGGCCCUCGGCUUUGCCGGUUCGUCGGCAAUCAAGUCGUACAACGAGUGGAAGGACUCCCAGCCGACCAAGGAAGAACUGGAGGAAAUGCGCAAGCAAGAAGAGAAGGAGCAGGCCACCAUGAAGGCCCAGCAAGCCAAAGAGGAGGAGCGAAAAAAGAAGGAGCAGAAGGCGAGCGCCGACGACGACGCCGACAAGCCCCGGACCAAUAUUUUCCGCGAGUGGUUCGACGUCGGAACGAAAUACUACGAGGGGGGCUUCGAGGACACAAUGACGAGGCGGGAGGCGGCCCUGGUGCUGGGGGUCCGGGAAUCUUCGUCCCCGGCACGCAUCAAGGCGGCCCACCGGAAGCUUCUCAUCCUGAACCACCCCGACACGGGGGGAUCGACCUAUCUGGCGGGGAAGGUGAACGAGGCGAAGGAGCUGCUGCUGAAGGGACGAUCGGCCAAGAACAACUAAAGGAAUGGAUCGGCAAGCAUCGAUCUGUCUUUGGUUGCGUGGGACAACGACAAUAACAGUGACAGCGGCAUUAGCCAGAGCGAGAUGCCCGAUCAUGUAAUUUUCAAUGACAAACAAACUACGACGACAAAUUGCACUUUUCCACUCUCGAACGCUCUAUGAAAGUACGAGUACCUUAACUUUUCCAUCUAUCAAUAGAAGCAAAAUCUCUGUGACUGCAGUUAAAAUUUUCAGUAUUUUAAUAAGCGCGCGUAGUGUACAGCAAUUCGAAAUAGAAUAUUAACCCCGUU